AGCCACCUCUCCGGGGUCCUCCCAGAAGUGCAUGGUAGCGUAUAAACAGAGCGUCAGAGCAGCAAAGCUAAAAACAAGCUUUUUUCCACCUCUCACGUUGUUUAUGUAACCUAACGUAACUUCUGUUGGCAGACGGACGUCAUUAUAUGCAGGCUAGUCUCCUAAAGACAACACAUUGUCUUGUUUCCGGGACCUCUACACUGUGAAAACAGUGAAAUUAGCCCAAACUGCUGUUAGCUUGGUUAGCUAGCUGGAUGUGUUGAACAGCAGCCUCUUGCUUUGCUCUCACUUCUCCGGUGAAGGAGAUGGAUGGUUAUCCCGGGGUCACUGGCGGGGAUUCAACAAAGCAACAGGAGAGACAUUACUACCUGUUGUCUGAGCUGCAAACCUUAGUGAAAGAUUUACCCAGCUCCUUCCAGCAGCGCCUGUCCUACAACACACUGAGUGACCUGGCUCUGGCGCUCAUAGAUGGGACGGUGUAUGAGAUCGUGCAGGGGCUCCUGGAUAUUCAGCAUCUGACUGAAAAGAAUCUGUACCAGCAGAGGCAGAAGCUGCACGGCGAACACCAAGCACUCAAACAGGAGCUUUUACGAAAAAACAAAGACGCUCUGCAGUCGUGCAAGUCUCACAACCUGGGGCUUCUCAAAUCAAACCAGCAAUCGGAAGUAGAGGCUCUGGACAUACGUGUGCGAGAGGAACAAAAAAUGAUGGAUAAGAAGAUUGUAGCUGAAAUGGAUCAGAAAGUGAUAGACCAGCAGAACACCCUGGAGAAGGCGGGAGUCCCAGGGUUUUAUAUCACCACGAAUCCUCAGGAGCUGACAAUGCAGAUGAACCUACUUGAACUGGUCCUCAAGCUUCAACAGAAAGAGUCACAAUCUGGAAUACUAUGAGGAAGAUAAUGAAGAAGCUUUAUUUUAGCAUAAAAACCAACGGCAUUUUCUCACAAUGCAGUUACUCUGAGAUUCCCCGUGUCUCAGUCCACAUGUUACUUACAUUGCUGUUUGUAAGAAGCAGCAAGUUCAGAGAAUGUUGAACACGGGUUGUCCCGAGUGUUUUGGUCAUCACCAUCAUAAGCCGGUUGGAGAGAUGAACAUGGCUUGUAAAGCACUAAAUGCUGUGUCACACAUAAACAUUGAAUUGAUUUGUUUUGCUUCAAAUCCUUAAAAGACACAUUAAAGGACAUGAAGAGAGGACCAGGGGUGGCUGUAAAUGAAAAUAAGGCCAUGACCUUCCUGAAAUAAGAUUAUUUUGAAGUGCCUCUUGGUGCCUUCGGAGCAGCUAGCCAUGUUUGAGGUGAAAAGAAAGGUGUAAUUCCUUUGGAUGUAAACGGAGCUCUAAUUGUGCGAUCAAAUACAAAGCCGAAUUUUGUGCCUGUUCAUAUUUUUUAAUUGCGUUUUUGCCAUUCCUAAAGUCGUUCUGGCAGGUUGUGAGAAAACCUGAUGUUUAUUUAAAUCAUCCGCUGGACAUUUGUAAAGUGGACCAGCUGCGACUGACCUGCCCUCAUGAUGUUCACCUCAAAUAUCUAAAGUAGAAACAGGGUGACAUGUCUCUGUUUUUCCGAACAGACUAUGCGAGGAUAUAGGUUCACGUUAUGUGCUGAGCUUUCCUCUUUAUAUUUGCACUGAUAUUUAGAAAAUUGAGUUCUGUUGACACUGAUCUUUUUCAUGACUAAUAUGUGAAGUACUGUACUGAAUUAUUUCACAGUGUUCAUCAGUUCAUGUUCUAGUAAAUACAUCUGCAGCUAGACAUUA